AUGAGCGCGACAGUUCAAUUACCUCUACGGGCCUUGAGUGAAUGCUCACAAUGCCAAAAGUCCGUAACCGUAAAACUCUGCACAGAUUGCAUGGAGGCCGCAUACUGCUCUGUGGAAUGCCAGCGAAAGGACUGGACACGGCACAAAUCCGGUUGCAAACGAACAGAGUAUAUCGAUGUCUCAACAUUCUACCCCUUUUUGGCGCUCCUUGCUGCACUCGCCCAUAGCCAUCCGAUGAAACCCCUGCAUGCCGCGGCGACCCGGCGAAUUCUCAACGACCCCAAUCCCGGGGUACCAGCCCAAGUGUUCCCCGACAAUACGGCAGCGAAAUUGAUCAUCCUCGGUCCGGAGAUCCCUGAAAUACCCUUGCAGGAGCGCAGCUCCUCCGAGUCAUGGUGGCCCUCAGCUCACACCCCGUUCGUGCGAAGCAAACUAUUUCGCAGGCUUACAUUUCAAGGGUAUGGGUUAUCGAUCGCCACGUCCAUAUGCCUUGCCAUUCUCGCGCAGAUAUACACCUCGGUUCCCACGGAAGGCGGCAGGAAAGUGCGUCUCAGGUACCAUGGUACACCGAUUGCCGACUUUGGUGUCGCCUGGGGAGCGGCAGAUGUUAAGUGUCAGGAUACAUUCGCUUUCUUCGAGGAAGAGAACGGCGUGUUUUGGAAAGGCGACGACCCAAACGAUCAUUACUGGAUAUGGUUCAAGACUGUCAAGGGCGAAGAAGUCAUCCUCGAUGUGUCGAUGUAUCAGUUCAAUAUGUGCCUAAUGGUUCAAAUGCAGCCGUACAACGAGUCCUGCCCGUUGCUGGAGCUCGCACCGGCCUUUUGGAGGGACAGGGUAAUCAACCGCAACACGCCUUCUCUGCAUACGGAGCGGCAGCGAUUGUCAGUCUUACGCAACGCUGACCUACACACUGUCGUGACACUCGGCAGAAACACCUUACGACCCCAGGAUGCCCAAGCCAUCUGGAACUUCAUGUCCCAGAUCUCCAGCGCGCCCAUGCCCGAGAUAGAGAGGCAGAUGGCGGUUAUAUGGACUGUCUCGAAUUGCAUACAGAUGAAAGGGAUGUUGGAGGCACAGGCGUGGAAGCGGUACCCGCCGACACCGCCAUUGGCUCUCGACCUCGAUCCUGAUGAACGUGGAGGCGACGACGAGCCUGCUGAGGAGUGGACCAAGUUUCUCAAGAAGUGGAAGAAAUUGAAGAAGCGAGGCGGGACCGCCGAAUCUAUUGCAGAUGCAUUCAAAAGGUGGCAACAAAAGGUCGCCACGUGA